UUGUAAACAAAAAGAUACAACUGUAACUUUAAAAUGGAUUUUUAAUUAAUAUUCUCAAAGUCCAAGGUUCUUAAUGUAAUUAUUUAAUUUAAUAAUUAUGUUUUGUGAUGCAGUUAACUACAAAACACUAAAAAUGUCAGAGGUAGUGAAAAUGAAACAGGGCAUGUCGUAUUCUUCAAAAGAAAAAACAAUAAUAAUGAAUGUUUUUAAAUAUUUUCGACUGAAUUAUCCAGAUUUGUGUGUUACUGAAGUUGUUAGACGAACAGCUAAAGCCACAGGGUGCAGUGAAAAAAGUAUUUUUCAAUUUCGUAAAGAGGAAGCAAGUCCCAGGGGAUUUAAAGAACCUUCAAAAACAAAGACUCGAAAAAAUAUAAAUAUAAACAGUCGUGACAUAAAAUACGGAGAACAAAUUCGUCAGUCUAUUCGCAAUAUAAUUUACGAUUUAAAACAUCAAAACAUAGUGCCUUCGUUAAGUACAAUUUUGAGGAAGGUAAAUGCAGAUGCUCAAUUACCUAAUUUUUCAUUAAUGACGCUGAGAAGACUUAUGUUUGAUAUGGGAUUUUAUUAUGAAAAGAAUGGCAAUAGGGCAGUUCUAACAGAGAAACCACUAUUAAAGAAUGAAACCAAAUCACAAAGUGGUUGUUUUUCUAAAUCAAGCAAUAAUAACAACAAUGCUAGUGUUAGUGAUUAUAAACAAGAAAUUGCCAAUGUGCCGCCUUUCUCUGUCAAUUCAGGAUUUUUGGACCAUCAGCAAAAUAAUUGCAAUUUAAUGACUUCACUAUAUAUGACACCGUCCACCGGAUUUAUGGUCCCUCCACCUCCAUCUACCCCUGCACCUCAUAGUAUGCCAAUGAUGUUAACUCAUAGACGAGACCUAACACCUAUAGUUCCCCAUCAUAAUUUAGUUCCACCUAAUUCUAGUGAGAAUUAUACAAAACAGAGUGUUACCAGUUGGGGUCCUCCAGUUAUGGAGCAAUAAAGUUUGCAAAAAUAGAUUAUCCUGCAACCAAAUUUAGGGCUGUUUGUUGUCCUAAAUGAAUAUGAUCCUAUAUAUCUUCUGUUGUUAAAAUUAACUUCAGCAAUAUUUGUAUAAAUAAGAUUAUUAAUUGAAAUC